UUUUUUUUUUUUUUUUUUUACUGUUUUUGUCUAAGAUUCCAAAUGGCAUUCCUCUGGAAUUCAGAGAUUAGAAGUCUUUGGAUACACACAAACCAAACUGAGAGUAAGGGAAUGCACAAUAUUGUCCUGACAGCACUUAAUAGUUCUUUCCACAGACUCACAGAGAGCAGAAGCGUCUGGACACGGAGAUGUCCAGAUGAAGAACCUUUACCACCUGGAUUGAGGACUUCUGGAGACGUGGCAGACGGAGGCCAUGAAAGCUGCAUUGACUGAGCUCGGCCUCAGUAUAGUGGAGAUGACGGAUGAAUCAGCCACGCUGGACGGGGGAGAUGUCCUGUUCACAGGUAGAGAAUUCUUUGUUGGAUUGUCCAAGAGGACCAAUCAGAGAGGAGCAGAGAUCCUGGCUGACGCGUUUAAGGACUACGCCGUGUCCACGAUUCCCGUCCAGGACAGACUCCAUCUGAAGAGUUUCUGCAGCAUGGCCGGCCCGGGUCUCAUCGCCAUCGGAUCCAGCGAAGCCGCGCAGAAAGCCCUGAAGAUCAUGCAGCAGAUGAGCGAUCAUAAAUAUGAUAAACUGACACUUCCUGAUGAUCUGGCAGCAAACUGUGUCUACAUGAACCUGCCGGGGAAAGGACACGUCCUGCUGCACUGCACACCGGAGGAGUUUCCUGAGAGCGCCAAGGUGUUUGAGAAGCUGAAGGAUCACAUGCUCAUCCCGGUGUCCAAUCAGGAGAAAGUGAAGGUGGACGGCGCGCUGACCUGCUGCUCGGUGCUCAUCAACAGGAAGAAGAACAUCUGAGAGACCAUCGUUCAUCAAACACACCGUUUCAUAUUCAGCGUGUGUUUCAUGAAUGACACCUGAUGGCCUUUUUUUGUUUUAUUACUCGAGGAAAAUGAAUCAGAUCGUUUCGUCUAAAGGAAAGAGAAUAUAAAGCACUUAAUUUUUCUAAUAUGUGAGGAAAACAAAGUACACUUAUUUUUCUAACCAGCACAAAAAUGACGGAUGAAAUCGGUUUUAGCUGGUUUUAGCUGGGUUUAGCUAGUUUAACUAGUCUCCAGCUCAGGUGGUGUUUAAUUGAAACCAGCUGGGUCAGGAUAAUAAUAAUUUACUUUUUUUUAGCACUAGUCAGUGAGUCAUAACAAUUACAAUUUUGAUUAUUAUAAAAUCAAAUUUUCAUGACAGAAAUUGCUCUUAACUUCAAAAUGUAGCUGUAAACUACAUAAAUCCUCUGGAUCCAUUCAGAACGACCGAACCGUACGCGUUUCUCAAAAUUCACAUUCAUCAAGCCCCAUAAAAAGCCUGUUUUUAAACGAUGAAUGAUGAAUUGUUACUUUGUGUUGCUUAGAUUGUAGCAUCGUGUUUAUAAAUAGAUUUAUAGCACAUUUGGACAGUAUUUGCGAACAGAUGUGACUCGUGAAACGAGUAAUUGAAGCAAAAAAAAAAUACAUUUUUGUUUUCGUUUGUCCUGCAGUUCCCAGAUAAUAAAAAAUAAACACGCUUUCAAACAUGCCGUGGUUUCACGAUCCUCAGGUGCUGAUUGGACGUUCUUCCUUUCAGAAGUUUGUUAUCUUGACCCCACUUGUAGCAUUUGCGUAGCGUUAGCAUCAAGCUAUAUUACCUUAUAAUUCAUUAUUAGUCUACUUAACCUUUAGCUUCAUAUAUUUAAAGCCUGCUGUGGUGGCAGCUUCGUUCCUCACACUUUCCUUAUAAAGCUAUAAAUUUAAAAUUUUAGCUAAAAAUUUUAUCAAAAGUUAAAUGUUUUUGUUAAUAAACUUUUAAUAAACGUUUUAUUUUGUGGAUGAAAAUUACGAGGGAAGAAAAUCUGGAUUGAGAGAUUAAAAAUUCGCAAUUAUCUUUUUUAUUUUGUGGAAGAAGAAAAAUUUUAUUGCGAGAAAGUCAGAAUUCUGAGUUUAUAUUUCACAACUACUUUUCUCUCAUGAUUGCGAGUUUCUAAAAGAAAAUUAUAAAAUGUAAGUCCGAAUCUAAAAAAGUCAGAAUUGCGAGAGUAGAAAGUCCUUAUUGAGAGAUUAAAAAUUCGCAAUAACAAUAAGGAUCAAGCUUCUAUAGUUUUUUUGCAUGUGACAGUUAUCUCAAGUUGCUAAUCAUGGCUAGCUGAAGGUUUAGCUUCAAACAGCUCCUCGGUCAAAUCUCAAGUUUCAGUUUAGCGGUUUUCACGACUUCCAAUGUCACGACUUUCUUUCUUUUACACAAGAAGUGUUUUAGGAUUCGCAGAAAUGAAGAGACGGCGUUACUCUGUUGUAAUGCGUCUGUUUAUUUCUCCUGUUGAAGAGAAAAUGAAGUUAUCAUCAUUUCUCUGCCAGAAAGACACUUGUGAAAUAUUCUGCAGUUUUCAUAACGUUUACAAGCCCCUCUGUAUGACAUCACAGUCAUAAAGAAGCCGGUGUUUCCUAGCAAUCUGCUCAUCCAGAAAGAAUGCUGGGUUUCAUCAUGAACUACAGCGUUUUUCCAGCUAUCAGCACACCAAAUACAUGCUGAAAUCUGUCAUCAUCCUAAAAAAAAGAAACUGUGCAUUUUUUUUUCUACUCUUGUAUUUUCAAAAAAAAAAAAAAAAAAUAUAUAUAUAUAUAUA